GCGACUUUUCCGUCUAUGUUUGGGGAUUGGAAGACGUCUCUCAUUUUUAUAUGUAACACAUUUCUCUCUCGGCCACCCGUUGGAUCUAAAUUUUCCGCUGAAGGAUGUCAACGCGUCAUCUGUGGUUCGGCGCCCGCCUCUGUGGACAUUCCACGGCCCUCUGGUUGCGUCCGAGGCACCAACAGGUGAUUUUUGCAGCCAUGAGCUCCUCCAAGGGCGGGAGAGCUCCGCCAUCCGCGGCAGACCGGAUAGGGGCAAACAAAAGUAAGCGAAAAUCGAAGAGAACUGCGGCCACCUCGAGUGGAGGUGAACCGCCCAAGGUUCAGUCUCCGCCUGGAAGGAAGACCCGCAAGAGGAUUCGUCGGAAGACGCUCGAACUGUGUCCGAUUACACCGCCCAGGAGGUGCCUCGUGAGCUGGCCAAACGUGGGGUUUCUGGUGCCAUUUCAGAGCCACUUUGGUGGAGCGGCAGCGUACUUCUCGAAACAAUCGGCAGGGGGAGGUGAAGAGGUCCCCCCUCCUUCGGAUGAUCCGCCGACGGGACCAAGGAGAGGAUCCAUAGCAAGGGGAUUCCCGGUGACUCCGGGCGUACAGAUGGACGCCAGACCGGCGAAAACAGCUCCACGAUUCGCACCCUCUGGACUGCCGUCUAUGCCAUCGAUUGAGCCUGAAUCGCCUGUGGAGACGCCAGCCGAAACAUCAGAGGAAGGACCUUCCGAGUCAGCGUCUAACCCUGAGAGGACUGAUCCGGAAGCACCUGCAGAGCAGUCUACUGAAGCUCCAGAGACAGGAGAUGCCCAGACGCCAGCCAGAGAUCCUCCUACUCCUCCUGCUGCAGAAGCUGCCGCCGAAACGCCUGCAGAUCCGCCCACUGAUUCCCCUGCAGGCUUCGAAGGCGACAUAUCCCAAGAAUUAAGAAAAGCAGUGGAGGAGUCAAGUGAUGAAGAAUUGCCAGGAGCGGAGUCAACGCGAAAAGAAGGUAAUGACAGAAGUCCAGGAGCCAGAGAAAGUGCAGGACCGCCGAAAAGUGCUCCUCCUUUGCCAGCCGCUAAACCACCAUCUCAACCAUUGACUGCCCCUCCUGUGGCAGCUUCAAAAGCAGCUUCAAAAGCAGCUCCAAAAGCAGCUCCAAAAGCAGCUCCAGGGGCGGCACCUACUCCAGCUGUGGCUCCUGUGGCUCCCACUCCCACCCCUGUUCCCACGCCCAAAGCACCGCCACUGGCAAGAGGAGCUUCAAAAGUGAAACCACCAAAGGGAACGCGAGGAUACACCUCACCGCCGAAGAAACCGAGUUUUUUUGGUCCACCUGAGAAGCCUCCAAAAGGUCCUUUAUUCCCACCAAAAAGAGGACCAGCUAAACCAGCGGAUAAGUCCGCUCCUGCAUCCAAAACCGAACCGCCGCCAUGUAAGCCAGCAACCAAAAAACCAACGGGCAAGGGUACGUCUCCUCCUGCUGCACCAGCGAAAGCUGCACCAGCAGCCGCUGCUCCGAAAAAGGAAGUAAAGGCGGCAGGACCGCUGCAGCCGCCUGCCAAGCCACCACCCACUGGAAGCCCUGGCAAGCCACCAGCCGCAGGACCUCCAAAGAAGCCCAGCGCCAUAGCGCCAACAGGUGGAACAGGAAGCGGCAAAGGAGGAUCUAAGAAGGGCGGAGGCAAUGGCGGCACUAAGACUCCUCCUCCGCCAUCGGGAAAGGGCUCCAGCGGGCCACGCCUCAUCACGCUGAUGCCUGGCGAUGGAAUCGGGCCGGAAAUCUCGAUGGCCGUCCUGGAAGUACUCGAUGCGGUGAAGGCGCCCCUGAUCUUUGAGCCCGUGGACGUGACGCCGGUGAUAAACAGCAAGGGACAGACGACGAUACCCGAUGCGGUGAUUGAGAGCAUGAACCGCACCAAGGUGGGUCUCAAGGGACCCCUGAUGACGCCCGUGGGCACGGGUUUCCGCUCGCUGAACCUCACCCUGCGGCAGCUGUUCAAUCUGUACGCGAACGUCCGGCCGUGCAAGUCGCUGCCCGGCGUGGAGACGGUCUACGGGGAUGUGGAUGUGGUGACCAUUCGGGAGAACACCGAGGGGGAGUACUCGGGGCUGGAGCACACCCUCGUCAAUGGGGUGGUGCAGAGCAUCAAGCUGAUCACGCGGGACGCCUCCAUGCGGGUGGCCGACUACUGCUUCAAGUACGCGAUCGCGAUGAAGCGGAAGAAGAUCACGGCCGUCCACGAGGUGAACAACAUGCGGAUGUCCGACGGACUGUUCAUCCGCUGCAUGCGGGAGACGGCCAAGAAGUACGAGAAGGAGAUGACCGCGGGGGGCGUCAAGUACGAGGAGGUGACCCUCAAGACCGUCUGCCUCAAGAUCGUCGAGGAUCCCAAGAAAUUCGAUGUCCUCAUCCUGCCGAAUCUCUACGGCGACAUCAUCUCCGACACCUGUGCCGGUCUCAUCGGUGGACUGGGUCUGACCCCGUCCGGCAAUAUUGGCACCUCUGGCGCCAUCUUUGAGUCCGUCCAUGGCACGGCACCGGACAUUGCCGGCAAGGAUCUGGCCAAUCCCACGGCCCUGCUGCUCUCCACGGUGAUGCUGCUGCACUACGUGGACCUGCACACGCAUGCGGAUGCCAUCGAGAAGGCGAUUGUGAAGACCAUCAAGGACGACAAUGUCAGGACCAUCGAUCUGGGGGGCACGGCCAAGUGCUCGGAGUACACCAAGGCGUUGAUCAAGAAUCUCAAGUAGCCGUGUAGAUCCUACCUAGCUUACUUCCAAAUCCUCCCUACACAGUUUGCGAAAUUUAAUUAAAAUUAUUAAAUGAAAGGGGAGAGGAGAGCAU